UUGAAAAAUUAAUUGAAAAGUACAUAUGUCAACUUGAAAUAAAGCAAAUAUGAUAGAAAUCACGGCCAAGCUAGUUCGAGGUCCUGUGUAUUUUUCUGGAGAGAUUAUAGAAUGUUUAGUUACAUUUACUAAUCCUCCAAAUCCAAAUCAUCAAAUAUCGCAAAGUCACAGUGAUUUAUUUGAAAGUCUUGCAUGGGCGAGUGCACAGGUCCACUGCCAGUGUACAACGAAUAGCAAAAUGGUACUUUUAGAGAAAAUAAAUACUAUAGCUCGCUCAGUGGCGAUUAAUGCAAAUACUACCUUUGCACCAUGGCAACAAGAUAAUGGACAUGUAGUAUUAAAUACAAAACCAAAAAUUUUAUGUUGUGAUUUAAGACUGUCACCUGGAGAAAGUAAAACUUAUAUCUAUCGUGAAACAAUACCGAGUGAUGCUCCACCUUCAUACAGAGGACAAGCUGUAAAAUAUUCUUAUAAAAUCACUAUCGGAACACAAAGAGUGAAUACAGUUAUAAAAUUACUACGAGUACCGUUUAGAGUACUUUCUUUAAGUGAACUACCAGAAAUAACAGCGUGCAAUGAUAGCGUAGACCUGAGUCCAAAUAAUCCAUUUAUGGAAACGCAGCACAGAGAAACUCCACUGGAUAUUGCUCUACAAACGUUACAGAAUUUAACAGCCAGACGCAGUCCAAACUUUUAUAAUGUAACAAACAGCCGCGGACGUGUAGUACGGUUUUGCCUCUUCAAGAAUUCUUACAAACUUGGCGAGGACAUUGUCGGAACUUUUGACUUUUCGAACGCAACUGUAUCCUGUGUUCAAGUAUCCGUGUCUUUACAGUCCGAGGAACAUGUGUCGGAGGAAUACAAGCGAGGAAAAACUGCUAUGCCGACAUUAAUCAGUUACAACAAGCAUCAUGAGAUGUGUCUUGGUCUUAAAUAUUCGCAUUUGGUAUUACCAAUACCUUUGCACGUUACGCCAGAUUUUACUACCGAUUUGGUGACGCUUAAAUGGCGAUUGCAUUUUGAGUUUGUUACAACACCAAAGCUGGUGGAUAUGCCCAAUGAAAAUACUAUAAGUUGGCACGGACCAUCGACUUUAGAUGUAGAAACAAUGAUCUGGGAUCUUGCGUUACAUAUUCAUCCAACCACUACUCCGCCGAACACAGCACAACAGACAAAAUAUAACACUGUCAUAUAAACAUUAUAAA